GAACAGGAGGCGGUGGUGAAGGUGGUGGACGGGCACGUGGUCUACUUGUGCGGCGUCUGCCACCGCUCUUACAUGACGCUCUCCAGCCUGAAGCGCCACGCCAACGUCCACUCUUGGCGACGCAAAUACCCUUGCCGUUAUUGCGACAAAGUCUUCGCCUUGGCCGAAUAUCGCACCAAACACGAGGUGUGGCACACGGGCGAGCGCCGCUACCAGUGCAUCUUCUGCUGGGAGACCUUCGUCACCUACUACAACCUCAAAACCCACCAAAAAACCUUCCACGGCAUCAACCCCGCCCUCAUCGCUUCCGAAAAAACCCCCAACGGCGGCUACAAACCCAAACUCAACGCCCUCAAACUCUACCGCCUCCUC